UCGACGGAAGUUGGCCGAUCUGCACUUGGCUCAAACUGGUUUCGGCGGCCCGGUGAAAACUUUCUCGCUGGUCAGACAAUUGAUCUCUCGAUGAGUUGUUAUCGGCAUGCCGGACGGGGCGAGAACGCCCAACACUGGCAGGCGCAACGGAUGCCCGUCAUCUAUCUCGGCUUUACCCGUGCACGAUGAAAAUUCUCUUGCGCUACGUGGUGAUUCGGCCGAUAUGGCCGAUUCAUCACUCCAGUGUGAACUGCAUCCAGUAUGCCAUUUCUCUUUCGACUCGAAGAGUGUAUACAGCCGCAAGAAUGUAGAGCAGACUAGAACAUCUGAAUCCAUCACACAACCACAGCAAAGCCUCACACCAUCAAAAAGAUCACCCAGUCCGGGUGAAGAAAUCAAACCACCCAACCGGCAACAGCACCACCUGCUGUUCUCUAGACCAAGGACUCAACAGCCCACUGCCGAAAGCAGAGUGGAGCCGACCUCACCAAGGAAUGUCUCCACUUCGAGUCGACGUAGACUAAUCCUCACCCGUCCCGAAUGCGGUUUAGCCAGCCUGAUGUUUCACCCGAGAUCAGAACAACAAACAAUAGUCCUUAGGAAUGAUAGUCCAAGAUAACAUGCUCGCAGUUGUUUGCAAACAGAACACCUGCGAUCUGGGUGUCU